AUGAUUAGAAGGAUACUGAUUGCCAACAGAGGCGAGAUCGCCUGCAGAGUCAUGAGGACAGCAAAGCGAAUGGGCAUUGAGUGUGUGGCUGUUUACUCUGAGCCAGACAGAAAGUGCAAGCACGUGCAGAUGGCUGACAAAGCUUACUUGAUUGGCCCAGCUCAAUCUACUAAAAGUUACUUAGACAUGAACAAAAUACUGUCAGUUUGUAUUGAUGCCAAAGUUGACGCUGUCCACCCUGGCUACGGCUUCCUUUCAGAGAAUUCUAACUCCUCCCCUUGAGCGAGCAAAACCAUUGGAAAAAAUAAUUUUUAGCCCAAAAAAUUCAUCCUCCAUGAACUACAAUUGUUUAUAAAAAAAUAUUUUGAUAUAUAAGUGAUAAUUAAUAUAUAGCUAGAGAGCAUAUUAAAUCGCUGAGAAGCAAUACCUAAGAGGUAAAGUAGCAAUCCAGCAAGUCAAAAUUGAAAUCACAACUAUCAUUUUCUGAAAAAUACAGAUAAAAUUGAAAUUUUAUCUAUAGGUUCUGUAAUUCGAGCAAAACAUGGUCUCACCGUGAAAAUAGGAUUGUUAUUUUCAAUCUAGUUUUCAGAUCUCUAAUAUACCUUUUUAGGUAUUGCUCCACGAUCCAAAAAAAUAUAUGCUAUAAUUAAAUAUCUAGUUAAUUCUAUUAAAUUUUAAAACAGCUUGCAUUUUUAAAUUUUGCAAGUAAUUAAUUUUUUCGGAUUGGAUUUUUUUUUUAAAUUAGAAAAACAAUAUAAAUCUGUGAGCGAAUAAAUUUUUUUCGCUUAUGAGGAAGGGGUAAGUUCAUGGACCUCCUUGACCAAAAUGGGAUCAAGUUCAUUGGUCCUAAAAAGAGAGCCAUUAAUGACUUAGGAGAUAAAAUCAACUCCAAAAAACUAGCUGGCAACGCUGGUGUAAACUUGAUUCCUGGCUACAUUGGAGAAGUUAGCGAAAAUCGUGAAGAAAUCCUCAAAAUCGCCCAUCAAAUUGGCUACCCAGUCAUGAUUAAACCUUCUGCUGGUGGUGGUGGCAAAGGUAUGAGAAUUGCUUACACUGAUGACGAAAUUAUUGAGAAUUUCAGACUUUCCAAACAGGAAGCAGCCUCUAGCUUCGGCGACGACAGAAUUUUGUUAGAAAAGUACAUAGAAGAGCCUAGGCAUAUUGAAAUCAAUGUCCUCGGAGAUUCCCACGGCAACGUUAUUUAUCUCCCAGAGCGUGAGUGUUCAAUCCAAAGAAGAAACCAAAAAGUCCUCGAAGAAGCCCCAAGUCCUUUCAUUGAUGAGGAAACCAGAAAAAUGAUGGGCAAGCAGGCAGUCCAACUUGCGAAAGCAGUUGACUAUGAAUCAGCAGGAACUGUCGAAUUCAUGGUCGAUAAGUACAGAAAGUUCUAUUUCUUGGAAAUGAACACCAGACUUCAGGUUGAGCAUCCAAUCACAGAAAUGAUCACUGGAAUCGACCUUGUAUAAUUAAAAUAUGGCGUCUUCGUCUGGGCAUGGCCUCCCGGCCAUGCAGCCUCGACUCAUAUUUUAAUUAUAUCCGGCAAGGUUUUACCAUUUCAGAGAUGGACAGCAAUGCUAGGUAAGCAAUUCUGGUAGCUUUCAGAGCCUAGCCCUAGUCUAUUCUCAGAGGUGGAUUUUUCCUCGUGGGGAAGGAGGGUGCAAGGUUGGAAAGGGGAAGCCCAGCAAAGUCCUCUGGACCAUUCGGGCAACUCCCUAGCGUGAAACUGGGCGUUACGUCCCAGGCUUUGCAUUUUUCCUUUUUGCCGAUAGCCGACCAGAAAAAUCCAUUUUUUGGGUUUUUCGGAAAAGCAACCCAUGUACAAGCAAGUAGCUCAUCCAUGAGCCGUCGAAGACGUGGACAUUUGCCCCAGAAGCACCCUGGUGAUCGAAGCGAGUUUGUCUCCAGCAGACUGGUGGGCCCGAUGCGACGAAAGGCGAGUGAUAAACCUGGAGUUGUAACCCCGUAGUGGACGUUAAGCGAUAUAAAUUCUAAUGUAAUGUAAUGUAAUGGAAUCGACCUUGUAGAAGAAAUGAUUAACGUUGCAAACGGCAAGAAAUUGUCCUACACCCAAGACCAAGUCAAAAUCAAGGGCCACGCUGUUGAGUCUAGAGUUUACGCUGAAGAUCCAUUCAGAGGAUUUUUACCAAGCAUCGGGCAUUUAAUUAAAUACAGAGAGCCUUCACACCCUAACAUCAGAAUCGAUACUGGCGUUAGAGAAGGAGAUGAAAUCUCAAUGCAUUAUGACCCUCUCAUUUCUAAGACCAUCACCUGGGCCGAAAAUCGUCAAGGAGCCAUUGACUUGAUGAAGACUGCUUUAGAUACCUAUGUCAUUAGAGGAUUGGGCCAUAAUAUUCCUUUCUGUAGAGAUGUCCUUAGACAGCCAGCCUUUGUUUCUGGAAAAUACUCCACUAAGUUCAUUCCUUUGACUUACCCUGAUGGAUUCCACCCAUCUCCACUUUCCCAAGGCGCCAAAACUGAUCUUGCCUCCAUCAUUGCAGCAAUGAAAGAGGUCACUGACUCCUUUGCCCUCCAAAAGCCAGAGAAGUUUGUUCCAUUUGUCAUCAAAGCUUUCGACGAGUUCUAUGCCAUUCAACAAAACGAAAAAGGCCAAAAGACCAUCCUCAAGAUUGACACUGAAGGCAACGGAAUCGGAGAAGAAACUGUUUUACAGGAAGUCAAGAUUAGUUAGUUAGUAAAGAUAACUCAUAAAUAUCCCUUCUUGCUCUCUUGGUUUCUGAAGUCUUUUACAUGAUAGCAGCAUCUGCUCUGAGCAACGAGAUGGCACUUGCACGACUGUUAGAGCUUCUACUCUCCUCCAGCUUCAAAUAACACUCUUUUUUCAGCUACCCAGUGCCAGUGGACAGCAUCUCUAUACGGUAAACUCUCGGAAGAACCGAAGUUCAGCUUUACUAAGCCCAAAAUAAAGUAAUGCCCUUAUCAUUAAACCUCCAUUUUAAUUGCGAAGUCAAGAUUAACUGGAAUAACACAGACCCUCUAAUUUCUGGAGAAGUAGGAGGCAAGACCCAUCACGUUCAGUUCUUCGGACAUACAGCAACAGGAUAUCAACUCUUCAGCAAAGGACAAAGCAUCAAUGUGGAUAUCUUAAAUGCUCACCAGUUUGAAUUCCAAAAAUGGAUGCCUAACUCCCCCCCCCUUUAAAUUGAAACAAAAUAUAGGUAAAAUUCCUACUUUUUUGGGAAAUUACCCCCCCUUUAAAUUGAAACAAAAUUUUAUUAUAAUAGAAAAUUUUAUAGGUAAAAAUCAUUAUUUUAUAUGUAAAUACGUUAAUACCCUAUUUAAUAUGCUUCAAACAUAUAAGAUUUAGAAAUUAAACUCUAUUUUGUCCAAUUGUUAUGGGGGAGAGUUAGAAGAAUACCAUUUCAGCAAGUUUACACUUUGAGAUUGAGAAAUUUAUGAAUUAAUUUUUCAUGAAAUUCUUUAAAUUUAUAUAAUUUAUUUUCUAUAAAAUUUUUAUCUCUGACAAAAUUUUUAUAUAUAAAUUUUUUUAUAAAAAAAUUUUCUUAACCCCCAUUUAAAUUGAAACAAAAUUUUUUGUUUCAAUUUAAAAAGGGGGGGGGAGUAAGGCUUCUGAUGCUCACUCUCAGAAAGAAGCUCUUGCACCAAUGCCUGGAUCUGUCAUUUCAGUUGCAGUUCAGCCUGGACAAAAGGUUGAAGUUGGGCAAGAACUUUGCGUACUCGAAGCUAUGAAGAUGAGAAACAUCAUCAGAUCAGAGAAGAAAGGAGUCGUUAAGGUUGUUUCUUGCAGCGCUGGACAAAGCGUACAAGUUGAUCAGGUCUUAUUUGAAUACGAAUAA